UCAUUGAGCUGGGAGAAGUCAACCUGAACUGUCCUUCUAAUUGCCAAAUUCAUAACACCCACUUCUUCGGGACCGACAGACAGAUAGUAAGGAGAGGGCAAGCCUUCAGCUUCUAUGCUCGCUUCCAAAAUCGGGAAUGGGAUGACUCCAUGGACCAGGCUGUCUUCACUGUGGAGACAGAUGACACUGUGUAUCUGGACAAUCAGGCCCAACGAGAAGAGUAUGUUCUGAAUGAACAUGGGAUACUGUAUGAGGGAGUUCACAAGCAUAUUACCUCUCGACCAUGGCACUACGGACAGUUUGAAGAUGGGAUUCUGGAUAUCUGCCUGAAGAUCCUUGACAUGGGUGCGAGUUACCAUCAUGGCUCUGACCGUGACCGUUGUUGGCGCAAUGACCCCGUGCACGUCAGCAUGGUGGUGAACCACAUGAUAAGCAGCCACAUCACUAACAGUAUAAUGAAGAUUCCAGAAGACAAUGAUUACCUGAAAGGAACAAAACCAUUUUCCUGGAAUGGGAGUGUCCCCAUUCUGCAGCAGUGGUACAACGGCAGAUGCAGGCCGGUCAGAUAUGGGUACUGUGGGUCUCUUGCUUCAGUAAUGUGCACAGUGAUGAGGUGUUUGGGAAUUCCAAGCCGUGUUGUCACGAACUUCUGUUUCCCAUGCUCAAUUGAGAAUCCUCUUGCUAUCAGUGAAGUUUUUGACUGUACUGGGAAAAACCUGUGUGGUAAAGACAAGCUAUGGCGAUAUCACUGCUGGAAUGAGUCUUGGAUGGCUCGCAGAGAUCUAAAUCAGUGCUGUGGUGAUUGGCAGUGUUUGGAUCCGACACCUUUGGAAACAGGCAGAGGUUUAGCUUGCUGUGGUCCUACGUGGGUUCGAAGCAUCAGAGAAGGGGACGUGGACUUGGACUAUGAUGGUCAUCAUAUGUUUUCUCGAGUAAAUUCAAAUUAUGUUAGCUGGCUUUCCCAAAACAACGCCAAAAAAACCAAGUUCUUCUGCGACGCUUGGCCGUGUGGACAACGUCUAAUCACCAAGAGUGUUGGCAGUGAGCAGUUCGAAGAUAUCACUGGGGCUUACAAGUAUGAACUAGGUAAGAUGAAAACUACUGCAUCUUUUGUUUCAUUAUCUAGUGAAUUUGUUCUACACCAAGGCACUACAUUAUGUUUCUGGGAGGAUGGGAAGAAAUUUAAUUAUCCUUAUUAUUUGGAUAGAUGCGACUUCUCAUGCCUCCAGCAGAUUCAUUAUCAUCUAUCUUCUUCAACAGGUUCUGCAAAAAACAAAGAAGCCUAUUACCGGGCUUACAGAAGAAUUCACCCAGGGUUCUGCAAUGCUUCCAACUGUUACAUUGAGAAAGAGCUGUCAUCUCUGAAAAACCCAUUUUUGAGUGACUCUGGAAUUAACGUGAGGUUAAAGAUGGCCAACUGCCCAAUGUAUGGUGAAGAUGUCCACCUGAACUGGGUGCUUGAAAAUUUGCGUAGUGAGAACAAAACCCUGAAUUUUAAUUUGUGUGCACAAAUAAUAACCUACAGUGGCUGUCCAAUGGAUCAGUUUUGGAAAGACAAUGUGACUGUCACUUUGGGUCCAAGGGAAGUGAAAAAAAUUCCCCUGUGUAUAUCAUAUAGUCAGUAUGGACCUUAUCUCUGUGAUCACAACAUUAUAAAAGUAGUUGCUAUCUCAGAUCCAGAGUGUGGAGAAGUUCUGAUGGUGAACAGGGAUAUCGUGAUCAACAGGCCACCUGUUAUUGUCAAGCUACUGAGCCAACCCAGGCUGAAAGUACCAUGUACUGCGGAGAUCUCCUUCUGCAAUCCUCUCCAGGAAGAGAUGAAGAACUGCGUGAUGACAUUAGAAGGCUGUGGUUUAUUCAAAGAGCCAAUGACCAUUGACUUGGGAACACUGGCAUCCAACCAGCAGGCACGGACCAUUGUGGAGUUCACACCAUACCGGCUUGGCAGCCACCGGCUCCUGGCCAACUUAGGGUGCCACAAGUUUGCCUACUGCAAGGGAUGCACCAAGGCCGAAGUAUGCUCUCCCACGAGCCAGAACGGUGUCCUGCCCAUCAGUCAGAACGGGUCGGUCCCAGUGUGUGAGAACGGCUCCCUGCCCGUGAACGGCUCUAGGCCUGUCCCCGUGGCGGAUCCUGCCUUCAACUCCAUGUGUGAAUAUAUAUGUAUCCCCGUGCGCAACCCAAACUGCGGCACCGCGGGCCAGCCCGUGUACGACUUCGU